GCUGUGCAGCGCUGCAGACCAAAGUGUUUGCAGCUUUUUCUCCGACUGCAGACUGUAGCCUCCUGGAGAGAGAAACAGUAUCGCGACUGGAAGUGAGGGACGCUGAUCCGGAAGAAAACCUCCUGGAGGCUUUUUUUCAUCUCUGAAGAGAGUCCGUCUGAGGUCCAGACACCCUCCCCGGGCCCUGGACACCAAGGCAGAGGACACAGGGCCCCCUGGCCGGCGCCCCUGUCAUGACAGGAGAUGGUCAUGAACAGUAAGUCUCUAUUACCCUGCUAUGCAGUCAAGGGCGGCUCUGCGGCCAGCAUCUUCGGCACCAGCAUGGGGAAGCUGCAGCAGCAGCUGCGCAAGGGCAAGUACUACAUGUUCAGGUCUGCCCCGAUGUUCGAGAGCGACUUCAUCCAGAUUACCAAGCGCGGGGAGCUCAUAGAUGUGCACAACCACAUGGACUUGAUGACCGUGGGCGUGGCCUGCACCAGCUCCUACCUCCCGAUCCCGAUCCCGAUCCCUGACGUCAUGCUCCUGGCCCGGGAGGCCACCAGCUGUGAACAGUGCCACAGCCAGGCCCCCAAGAGGAAAACACGCAAGGAGCCUCUGGAGCUCACCAGGCUCCUCCCCUUGAAGUUUGUUAAGAUCUCCGUUCACGACAGUGAGAAGAAGCAGCUUCGCCUGAAGUUCACCACGGGCUGCUCUUUGUACCUGCAGCUGUGUCCCCCCCUGGAUGCGUGCGAAGACCUCUUCACCUACUGGGAGAGCCUCAUUCACCUCCUGCAGUCGCCCUUUGAAAGUAUCAGCGGCACCUACGCCACCCCGGCCGAGGACAUUCCCUGCCUGCUUGAGCUGGCCAACGCUGACAGGGCCAGCCUGGCCGCCUCGGACGCCCACGGCAGAGACGCCUGGGACCAGGUCAGCAUCCGGAGUGUCCGCUUGGACCCCGAGCUGACCGGGGCCACCUCGGACGACAACGGCAGAGACGCCUGGGACCAGGUCAGCAUCCGGAGUGUCCACUCGGACCCCGAGCUGACCGGGGACACCUCGGACGACAAAGGCAGAGACGCCUGGGACCAGGUCAGCAUCCGGAGUGUCCACUCGGACCCCGAGCUGACCGGGGACACCUCUGCUGCUUAUUCCAGUGGGGAGGGAGACCAGCCCAGCUCUCGUACAUCCACCGCCAUUCCCAGAGUAUGCACCCCAGAAAUAAGAUCUGCGGGGUCUGCCGAAGCGUCAGCACGAGGGACAAAAAGAGAGGCGGCAGCAGCUGGGGUGGCAUCAGGUAUGCCAAGUGUGGAUUCUGGCCAGGUGAACACAGCCCUGGCCGAGGCCACCUUUAUAGGGGUAGGAGGAAGCAAAAGCCCCAUGGCAGGCCCUGGGGGUGCAGAGGCCAGACAGCAGGGCGUCCCCCAGGCCAGCAAGGCCUCCCGCAAAAAGCACAGGGAAAGGAAGGAGAGGAGUGAGGACAGACCCCUCAGUAGGAGUUCCUACCACCGCAGGACACACGAAGGUCGCCACAAGACAGAGGGGGACAAGAUGGCUCAGAAGUCGUCCAGCCGGUCCUUAUUGGGCCACAGGACACACAGAGUCAAUAAAAAUGAAGAAGGUGGCCACCUCAGAGCCAAGAGCAGCAGCCAGGGCCACAGCCCCAAAGGCAUCAGCCACACCCCUCUUGAGAAGGAGUCCAGGAGCUCAAACAAAUUCAGGAGGAGCUUGUUCAGCUCUUUCCUGAGGAACAUCAGGGCCAAGCUCGGCAUGAAGGGGGCAGCCUCACUGCAUGGUGGCGACGGGGACAUGGUGCCCAAGAGGGUGGAAGAGACCAACCUGGAGGUCAUGGUGGAGAUGGCAGAGUUUGGUCAGGGAGUAGAAGUUGGUUCUGUGACAUCUGAGGUCAUGAAGACCUCAGAAGACCUCUUUAGAAGCCCAUGAAACAACACCCAGAGCCAGAAGCCCCAAAGGGCCCCAGGAGCACCCCAACAAACCCCACUCUAGCUUUCUUACUUCGGGUGAAAUAAAGAGCUAUUCAAUCUGA